GUUGAGACACCGCGCAGUUUGUUUCUACAGAAUUUGUGCACUUAAUUGUAGUAAAAGCACAUAGACAGGACACAUAUGGAUUGCGAGAAGGAUUCCGACACUGAUAAAACAGAAUUAUAUUCAGUACGUGAUCUACCACGUAGUGAGAUAGAAGAACGUCUACGAUUUUACAAAAGUGAAUUAGACAGGAAGGAUGAACUGAUAAGAGAAAUGACAAAGUUGACUGCUAAUGCACCAGUUAUGUGUCAGUUCAGAACAUCAGACACGCAAACAUGCUCACAUGAAAAGCUGGAGGAAAUUCGAGUGAAAGUUGAGAAACUACAACACACAAUAGUAGAAAAUAAAGAAAUAAUACAUGAAAAGAAUAUGACAAUUAAUGAAUUAAAAGCGGAAUGUGAUGCAGCACGACUGGAAAAUGUUGAUCAUUUAAAAAGGAUUGAAGAAUUGGAAGGUUUACUACUAGAACAGACACAUAAACUGCACAAUUUUGAACAAGCUGGAAAUCAGCAUACCUUAGUUAUUCAAUCACUACAAGAGGAUAUAAAGAUGAAAACAAACAAACUUUUGGACCUACGUUACCAGUAUAAAAUUUUAGAAGAAAAAGAUGAAAGGAGAAAGAAAGCUGAAAAGUCAUCUCAUGAAGAACUGGAGAAGUAUAUUAAAGAUCAAGCAAAUCUAUUAGACUGUGAAGCGAAAUCUCAGUCAUGUUUACUUAAGUUGACAGACUUGCUGAGAUCAUUCUCCGAUUGUAAAGAACAAGUUAAACGUCAAGGUGAUGCAAUAGAAGCCUUUGAAUUUGAACAGAAAGCUUCCAGAGAAACUAUAUCACGUCUGUCUGGAGAAAUUAAUAAAGAACAAGCAGCAAGACAAGUAGCUGAAAAUUCUGAAAGAGAAGUAAAACAGGAAUUAAAGAAAACCACAACAGCUUAUGAAAGAGCAGAAGCUCGUAUUCGCUUACUGGAAGAACGUGUACAAAGUUUAACGCAAUCACUUCAAGUUGCCAGAUGUGAUGCUGUGGAACGUGACAAACAGUUAAACAGAAUAGCUGAAGUUGAAUCAAUGUUUCAAAAUAAAGUUUAUGAUAGCAAUGUAUCAAAUCAUUCGUCUACACCACAGCAUGAUAAAUAUAAUCAAAGUUCGGAUGAUAUACAAGUAAUCCAAAAAUUUGUAAAUACAAUGGCUUCAUGGCUUUCUUUCCCACAAUCAGCUGACUUAUCUGUACUACUAAGCACAAUUACACAGAGAAUUGAAGAAAUGGAUGAAUCAUUAAAACAACAAGCUCAAGUUAUCACAGACUUAGAAAUGGAAUUAACAGGUUUACGAGAGGAAAGAUUGAAGUACACAUCAAAUACUGACAUGUUAAAAGAACGUAUCAUUUAUUUGGAACAGUAUAGAGCUUCAGAUGGUACAUUAAUUGAUGAAUUAAGAAGUGAAAAGGAUAGACUACAUUACCAUUUAUGCAAAUUGGCACAGAUUGUUAAAAUAGAGGAACCAAUAGCUGAAUUGGGUGUAGAGAUUUUAGGAGAUACAAUAGCUGUUCGUUUAAAUCAAUUACAACAAGGUGAUACAGAGAAACAGGCAAAUCAACGUUUACAGAUUACACGUUUACAACGUGAAUUACGUGAAACAAAAGAUAGAGCUGAAUCACUCGAUUUACAAAUUGGUGUAAUGCGACGUCGGUUAGUUGAUGCUCAAGAGAAUAGACAUCAUCAAACAUUAACACCAGCAAGUAGUACACCUAUGACGCUGGCUACAUCAGAGAAAGAAAGACGAAGGCUAUUGAAACAAUUAGAGCAAGUUAAAGAAGUUGAAGAAAACUUGCGUCAAGAAAUUGUUAUGCUAAAGGCUAGAUUAUUGGAAUCAAGUCAAACUAAGUUAGCAGAAGUGAGUUUAUCAAAAGCCUUACGUGCUGCUCAAAGUAAAGUUGAUGAACUCACUGUCCUGUGUGAUAAACGUGAUAAUGAAAAUAAAAAGUUGGCCAGUGAAUUAAAUGAAUUCAGGAAACAUUCAAGUCGAGAAAUGGUUAGUCAAAAUGAAGAAUUAUUAAGAUUAAGACAAGAAGUAAAACAUUUACAAACUGCACUGAAUUGUAGUCGAAAAUCUGAAGAAAGUCUUCUUGAAUUUCGUAGACUUGUUGCAAUUUAUCUUGGAUUAGAUAAUGAACAAUUAACAGUCCCAGAUUAUGAAAUACUAACACACUUGGAUCGUUUAGUCUCAGCUAAUCAAUCGCAAAUCGCAAAUGCAGUGGCAACUGAAAGAGCAAUCAAUUUAGUGACCGGUAAUACAAGACCUAACAUCAUUGGUCAUUACAACCGGUGACAGGUACUACAGAUUCAAUCUUCAAGGAUGUCAACGCAUUUUGCUGCAAAUUUUGUUAUACUUAAUACAUGAAAGAAGAGGAAUAAAUAAAGACAAUUAACUCAGCAGUAAUCAUAAUAAUAAUAACAACAAUAUUUGUGUAUAUUCUAAAUGUUUAUAAG